UUUGCCUCAGUCUUCCUCUAAGCGAGAGCAUAAUUUGUGCCGCGGCACAAAUGCUUUUCACCAUUCACAAUUCAGACAUUCAAAACUGAUAACUGAAAGACUUUAGAAAAUGGCUUCGGGAGUUCUCAGCAGUAAUCAUGUCGAAGUUCCUCCAUCCAUCUCCUUCUCUGGAUCUGGAUUCAUGGCCACCUACCAGUUGGGGGUUGCCCAGUGCUUGCUGAACUAUGUCCCCUCGAUAGUACGCGCAGCACCGUUUGUUCUCGGUGCAUCUGCUGGAUCUCUGGUAGCGGCUGCUGUGGUCUGUGAUAUGAGCCCAAUUACCAUUCGGGAUGAGAUGAUUCACUUUGCUAAACAGAUGAAGGCAUUUAGACUCGGGCCAUUCAACCCCUCGAUCAAUGUGUUCCACUGGUUGGAGUGCAUUUUAAACAAAUAUCUUCCUUCUGACGCACAUCGCCUGGCCAGUGGUCGUCUCGCUGUGGCUAUGACUCGCUUGAGUGAUGGCAAGCACAUUGUAACGACUGAAUUCCAGUCCAAAGAGGAUGUAGUACAGGCUCUGCUUUGUAGCUGCUUUGUGCCUGGGUACUGUGGUAUUCUGCCUCCAUCCUUCAAAGGAGAGUAUUAUUUGGACGGAGGUUUCACUGGCAUGCAGCCUGUCCUGCCUGUAUCCUGCAGUCACACCUUGACAGUGUCUCCAUUCUCUGGAGAGACUGACAUCUGCCCCUCAGACACGCCUUGCAUGUGGGACAUGGUGGUGAGCGGAGCCACCCUGAAGGGCAACAUGGCGAACAGCGUGAGGGUCAUCAACGCUCUUUACCCCAUGACUUUGGAGACUCUGGAACAAGCCUACUACAGCGGCUAUAAAGACACUAUUGAUUUUCUUCUGCGCAGUGAUCUUGUCCCACGGCUAACGAUACACAAAAUAUCCCAAGGGCAACUUAACGCUAACCAAACCACGGCACGGAUCCACCUGGAGACCACCAUGGAGGAGGAGGAGGAGAUAAAGGUCGAAAAGGAGAAGGCUACAUUAACCGCUUUUGAAGACAUUAGAAACAUGCCGAUGGGCAACAAUGACCCAGAGCAGAGAUUGGAGCUGGUGUUCAGGCAGGCUCCGGAGUUGGUUUUCUGGGCCUGGCAUAGCAUGAGACAUUUUUUCUUCUUCUUUUUCAAGAUACUUGUCGGCAGCCUCAAGAAGAAUACAAAGGACAGGGUUAUGCCCAUCAUCAUGUUUAUGAAGUGGCUGAAAAUUCUGGCUCAAUUUGAGGCUCUACGAGGACAGAGGCCCACAGCAACCCGGAAUAAGUCGUCUGACCAUUCAGAAAAUGACAAGCAUUGGUAUCUCCUCAGACAGUUCAUCACUCCAUCACGGGAUAAGAAGAAACCAAAGACACAUUAAAACUGUAUUCUUUGUACGUCCUGUCACAUGGAUUUUGUGUCGUCAGCUCUUUUGAGUCCAUAUGCCAUGGAUCUGAGCUUUGUUUUGUUUACGGUGGCUUUAUUUUAACUAAGCUGGUGAAAAUGUUUCUGAGUUUUCAUGAAUUGUAUCAGUGAGUCUGCAGAGCGCAGACAUCCAACAAGGCUUAGAUGUUGUAGUAAUCAAUUCUUCUACAGUCAAAUUUACUGGAUUUGUGGUAUUACAUUAUAUGAAGCUAAUAACACUGACCCUAACCCCAACACAGGAGUUAGCAUGGGACAGAAAAGUUCCAUGAGUAUAACCAGUGUUUACUCGGAAGGUGAAAAAUGUAAAAAAAAAAGAGAAAAGCCACGGGCUAACCAAAAUCAAUGUCUACGUGUUGGUGGUGUGAAUGAGGUCAUACUGAUGUUUUUAUAGUGAUGCUUGCUUGGGAAGAGAAAGCUUGGCCUGAUGUGACACUUGGUAAUUGCGGUCUCAGAAGUCAUUUAUUUGUAUUGCUCUGACGACUAGUCUUUACAUACCACCUCCCUGAUGAAUAGAAUUAUCAACACUGCUUAAUCUAUUAAAUAUCAGUGAAGUGUUUUAUAGCUUGCAGUGGGUUUUUCCCCCCUCAAAACAACAAUGUGUGAUACCACUGUGUGUAAGAGAUAUGUCAUGAAUUCUUCCAUUUUAGUUUUUUUAUAUUCCCAAAAUAAAAACACAUUUUGAGUAAAGUUGCAAACUUAGCUGCAGGGCACUUAUCUAGAGUCCUUCAUUUUAUUUACCAAUAAGAGGUGACAGCUAGUCCCGUGAUGAGCUAUUUGAACACUGCACCCUUUCACUACUUGUCCCCCAGUGAAGUAGUUGCUUCUCCCCCUUACACUGCUCCAAUGUUUAGCCUCAGUGGCUUCCGGCUGGGGCUAAUGGGCUAAAUUUCUGCAGAAAAUUCAAGGAAUUCUGACAAAUGAAUGAAUGAAUCAUUGUUUUGUUUUUUUACUUUGCACUGUCACAUUUGAUGUUUGAGGAGCAGAAAUAUUUGACUCCAUUUGGCUCGGGAUUAAGAUCAAAUUACUUAAUAGAUGAUGCUGCUCUUAUUUGUCAUGUACAGUGUCUUUUUAUUGUUGCUGUUGAUGGUUAUUAACCAGCUCAUGCUUUA